UAAUGCACACUCUAUCUGAUAACAGAUAAAGUCUCUAUGUAAGUCUCUGAUGUGACUCAAAGUACGCUGUCUCUAUGACUUUGUCUGAUGUAACGGAAGUACGAGAGUGCGCAAAGAUAAUGAGAGAGUUAAGUUUUUCCCACGGGCGUAUGGUACUCUAAGUUAGCCCCCACAUGUGUGAUCAUAGGUGUUGUUGAAGGGGAGUCGAGUGUGUGAAGAGAAUGACGGAUAGCCAGCAGCAGUUUUGCUUGCGGUGGAAUAACUUUCAGGCGAACAUCACGAGCCAGUUCGAGGCGCUGCGAGAUGACGAGGACUUCGUCGACGUUACCUUCGCGUGCGACGGCAGGCGACUCCAGGCGCACAAGGUCGUCCUUUCCGCGUGCAGCCCUUACUUCAAGGAGUUGUUCAAGACAAAUCCUUGCAAGCAUCCAAUAAUUUUUAUGCGGGAUGUUGAGUUUGAACAUCUACAAUCACUAUUGGAAUUUAUGUACGCUGGAGAGGUAAAUAUCUCGCAGGCGGAGUUACCUACAUUUCUACGUACUGCAGAAUCUCUUCAAAUUCGUGGCCUCACCGACUCCCAAAGUAAUCAGCACAACAACGAAAAGCAUUUGAAGACAAAUAACAUCCACACAUCAAAUGGCCGUGGUCUGAUCUCGCCAAGCUUUGACGAUGAACGCAGUAAAACGCCACCACCUUCGAGCCCUCCACCACUGAAAAGGCUGUGUAAAAGAAGUGAUUCACCUCCAGUUUCUAGUCCAACACCCUCUGUGCCGCCUUGUGCUACCAUUGCACCACGUUCGCGCCCACUUAUCGAGCCUCAAGUUCAGCUCGAUUGUUAUAAAGAUCUCGAUAUUGUUGAGCCAAAAAUAGAAUUACCUGAAUAUGGCAGUGAUGACGAUUGCUCACCUAAACAGGAAGCUAAUACAUUGCCCAGUGGAUUUCUCAGCUUGGAUAGUGGUAUGGAAGUGUUACCGUCUUAUCCAUCAUCUUAUCAAGGAAACCAGAAUGUAGAAGGAGGAAUGCCAGGUCCAUCACACGGGAGUACGGAAUUAAAUCAAGAACAGCAAGCUGACCUGCGUAAACUGCACUCGCUGGACCCACGCCCCUGUCCUGUGUGCAACCGCAUGUACAGUAACUUGUCCAACCUGCGGCAGCACAUGCGCCUCAUCCACAACCCUCAGAGUGUCACUUGCCCUCUAUGUAACAAGCCAUUCAAGACCAAGCUGUACCUGAAGCGUCACCUGGUCAGUUUCCACGAACUCAGUGUGGCAGACAGGCAACGUCAGGAAGAGAUCUACCAACAUCAAGUUAAGGUUCAGGUCCAGGGACAGGGACAGGGACAAACGCAAACGCAGGUUCAGGGAGGAGCUCAAGCUCAGACCCAAACACAAGUUCAGGCUCAAACACAAGCUCAGAUUCAAGCUCAGACUCAGGUGGAUAAUAAGGUGCUUUUAGCGGCUCCUACCCCACCUGCCCGGGCUACUACCGAGGAAGGUGGGGCUAGCGGUGGUGGCAACAACACCACCACCACGGAACCAAAGCUCAGAUCGUAUCAGGCACAAGCUGGCGAUAAUGCUUAUCCGGUAGAGGUAGCGCAGAUUGGUGAUUCAAAGCAUUUUGCUAGUGGGAUGUUGCAAUUCGAUGCUACGUAUCACUAAUGUGUGUACAGGAUUUAUUUAUUUUUUAUUCUAUCGCGCCCAGUAUCAUUUUGUGAUAUAGUAACGAAUCGAGUUUAUCUUUAUUGUUUAGUGAACUUGUGAUUCAAUAGGAAACGUAUCUUCGUAGUUGACCGACAAGUAGGUAGAUAUAACGUUACGACACAAGGCUGAUUCCGUAUUUAAUAAUCAGGUCCUGCGCCUCCCCUCAAAGUGCGCAGGUGUAUAACUUAUAAUUUUUAAUUUUUUGAAAUGCGUAUGCAAUUCUUGUUGCACGAACACGAGUGGAGGACAAGAUGUCAAAUUCGAUUAAUCGGUCGCGUACUUGAUUGUUUUCGUCCGUAAUAAGACGCCUACAUAGAUCAUUCGAAUGAUCAUUCAUACGAAGGUCGACAGUGUAUAUAGGUUUGGGAGACUAGUUUACAUAUAAAAGUCCCGUGCCUAUUCAUCGUAAAGAUGAACGCUGAUGAGGGAGAGAACGACUAAAAUGCCGAUGGUGGAGCAGCCAUCCCACCUCGUACUGAUAAUUCUGCAGCCGGAUACUUGUUGUUUUAUUUAAUGCUAUACAGUGUUAUACAGACUACAGAUAUUUACUACAAUAUUAUAUUCUUACAGAGGAUUAUAUUUACUUUAUUAUUGCAACGCAAUGUGCAAUGACAUAGCUCGUACAUGAUAUAUUUUUCACAUGCAUACAUUGCAAUAUACAGCCAAUUGACAGCUCAACAGAGUAAUAAUAUUUAUUAUUAACAGUUAUCAACAAACCGUGAUCGCAAUAAUGCAGCAGAUUGAAUUUAACAAUAUAUAAUAAGAAGGCAAUGUCUCUGCUGGUUUCAUGUUUCUAAGUGUGGAAGGCUUGCUUUUUAAGUACUUCUACCUCAAUGGUAUGUACCUAUAUUUAUGGAAGUAGCAUAUAAGGAUGCUUAUAUUUCUUUCUUUAUUCCUGUAGAGAUUCAUAGAUUGUAAUAUUCUCACAAUAUUUACAUAAUGUACAUGCAAGUUAUAUUUUUGAGUUUGUAUUUAGCUAUAAUUUACUUUAAUCCUUAUCGGGAAACAAUUUUUUGAAAAAUAUUUUUAAUGUUAAAACAGUAUUUACGUAUCAAGAAGCAUUUCGUGUUAAAUACAUAUAUAUAACUUUGUAAUAGAGACACUGCAUAUCCUUUACAGGAAGGAAAAUUGUGUUUUUUAAAUAAUAUAUUUUUAAUAAGAUUUUUUUUUCAAAAAUUUUUGGCAUUAAUAUGCAUCUGUUGUAGUCUUAAAAUAUAUAUUUUAAAUUUAAUAUAUAUUUUUGUUUCCGAUGAUUCUAAUAAUCCACCAGGUUCUGCCUCUUUCUACAUGCAACUUGCUUCUGUAAUCUUUUACAGAAUAUUCACAAUUUCAGCUUUCUAUAUAAAAGUAAACCAGCACAGACAUCUGCCACACAAUUCCAUAGCCAUAGUACCACACAGUACAACUCAGGAUCUUUUAUAUUAUAUUUUACAGAUGACAAUAGUUCCAUAAGUACGAUUUAUAAUAGCGAUUCUAGGAAAUGGGGCACAGAGUAUGUUCCCUAGAAUCGUAACUUUUUAAGUCGUACCAUUCAUAUGACAGGCUCCUUACCUCACAUACAAUCAAAUUACUAAACAGAUGCAGCUAUAUAUUAUUAAUAAUAUAUUUACAUACAACAACUUACAAUAGUACUGGGACGUUGCAACGACUGCAACUAACACAGAUUGCCGAUAUUAUAUAAACGGUUUUUAUUAUCUGUUAUUACAUUGGUAAGUGAUUGCAAUGUUUUUUUACGAGUUAAACGUACUACGAAUAUACAUUCAAGAUUUUUGUUUACGAUAUGAAUGGAUGCCCAGCACAACUGACAAUUAGUACCGAAAUAAGAUUAGAUUAUAAAUGUUGCAUAUCAUAUUAUAAUAUUGUUAUACAUUUGCCAAGCAGUGUUACAUUCAUCAACUCUCAGGCUUUGGAUCAUACACGGAUUUCAUUCCACUUCUUAUCGAUACUAAAUAUAUUUCUUGUAAUAUUUUCAUUACA